ACUAUCAUAUAUUGAUAUGGAAUAUUGUUGUUUAAAUACGUCGUAGUAAAACACCCAGUUCUUCAAGAAAGUAUUAAUAUUUUGUUUUUUCCAACACAACUCUCAUGUAAAAGUGCCGCAUAAGAGAGCUUUUGAACUCAUUUCCUUAGGGAAAUUUUUCUUUGCAAAGCAAACAUGAGAACUUAAUUACUUUCCAUACCUUUUUGUUUAGUAUUCCUAUCAUGACAGGUGAUUAAAGCAACAAACACUUAAAAAUACAAUGUUCUAUGUGUGGAUUUUCAUAGUUGUCUUUUCAGUUCACUCUGUCAGAGGUAGAGAAUGUUCUGGGUCAAGGUGUGGAGAUUGUUUGGUCAACGAAGGAUGCACGUGGUGCAAAGACAAGGAAUUUGCCUUCCAACGUUGUGGUGCUCUUUUGACGAUACUAAAAGAUGGAUGUACAGAAAUUGUAAAAAGAAAAGCUCACACAGUUGAUAUAUUAGAGAAUAACGACUUUUCUGACGGAGGAGAUCUGGGGCAAAAUGCAGUUCAAUUAAAACCACAGAGAAUAAAAAUUAAACUAAUUCCAAACAAUGCACUGGCCUAUGUGAUGAUACACUACAAAAUUGCCAGGAACUUCCCUCUGGAUAUUUACUUUCUUAUCGACCCAUCUAUGAACAAUUUAAUUGCUAGUCUUUUUGAACUGACAAGCGAUAUAGCAAAAGAAAUCUCUGGUCUGACAACCGAUUUCCGGUUUGGAUUCGGAACAGCAAAGGACAAAGUUACCUCGUGCAAAAACCCUAAAUAUUCUCAAAAGUCUUGUGAAAAACCGCCCACAAAAUGCAUCACACCUGAUUCCUUUCUACACCGACAACCUCUUAUAUCCGAUGUAUCUGCUUUUAAGAAUGCAUUGAAUUGGACUGUCAACCAGGAAUGUGGAGAUAAUGCAUUGAAGCAAACGGAAGACUUGGAUACAGUAGGUGGUUUGUUUAAUGGAUUGGUGCAGGUAAUGGCAUGUGGGGAUAGAAUAGGCUGGAGAAAGAAAGCGAGAAGGAUGAUUAUCUACGCUACAGACAGUAACUACCAUCAGGCGGGAGACGGUCGAAUUGCAGGAAUUUUGGAGCCAAACGAUGGUCUGUGUCACCUGGAUGUUAACGGCAGGUAUAUCAAAUCAGAGAUGCAGGAUUACCCAUCUGUCGGUCAACUCAUUAUGAAAGCCCGAGAAAACAACAUGAACGUCAUAUUUGUGUUUGGAGGAGUUAACAACACCAAUAUAAGGCAAGGAUACUACGAUGGCCUGGCAAGACAUUUUCCUGGAAGAAUCGGAAACGCAUUUCCUUUGGGUUUUGAUUCCAAUGAUAUACUGAGUAUCAUUCGUGAUAGUUAUCGGACACUGCAUAGAACAGUAAAACUUUCCACAAGCAGAGGACCAGACGAACUAAAUCUAGGCAUUUACACAAACUGCAGAACUGAGGGACGAAUCCUUGAUAAAACUAACUUAUGCGAAAACCUUGCCGUUAACGAGUGGGCUAACUUUUCACUGGCUUUUCGUUCAAACUUGUCUUUCUGUCCAUCGAAAAGAUUGUUUAACAUGACAAUAUACCCCGAGGGCCUGGAUGAUCGAGUGGAGAUAGAGGUGGAACACGAGUGUCAAUGUGACUGUCAGCGGGAGCCAGAGGCGAAACCAAACAGUACGAACUGUAACCAGAGAGGGACCUAUGAGUGUGGGGUGUGUCACUGUAAUGAGGGGUGGUCAGGUGACAGCUGUCUGUGUGAUCAGAGGGGGACGGACACGGAAGCAUGUGGGACAGAGGCGGGAAUAUGCAGUAACGCUGGAAUCUGCACGUGCAGGAGAUGUGUUUGUUUUGAGGGAUAUAGUGGGGACAGAUGUGAAUGUAACAAUCAUAUUUGUCCAACCCACAAUCGUAGCUUAUGUGGCGGUCAUGAGCGAGGAAAAUGUUCCUGCGGAAAAUGUGCAUGCACCGCCGGGUAUUCGGGAGUUAUGUGUGAAUGUCCUAAAUCUGUAGAAACAUGCAGAAGUCAAAAUGGAACGAUCUGUUCUGACCGUGGAGUGUGUGAGUGUGGGAAGUGUCGCUGUGACGAAGGGUUCCGGGGAACGAUGUGUGAAGAAUGUCAUGCCUGUCCAGGAUCGUGUGAGGCAAACUAUAACUGCAUAGAAUGUGUUAGUUUUAAACAGGGUAUUUAUAAUGAUACAAUGUGUAAGGACAGAUGCCACAACAUUAACACUGUUCCUCUGCUGUAUUACGAGGAUACUAAUCUGACUGAAGACUACAAGCAUUGUAUUCUUCAGGAUAGUUUCGGUUGUAUAAUCCACUUUAACGUUUAUAAUGCAAGCAACAAUCAAACUAUUCAAGUAAAGGCCAUGAAACGAUGUCCUUCAAGGCCUAUUGAUGCAAUCCUAAUCGGGCUGAGUAUAUCUGGAGCAGUUUUGUUGGCUGGAUUUGUCCUCGUUAUUAUAUGGAAGAUACUUACUUUACUUUAUGACAACGCUGAAUAUACAGAACUUGAGUCUGAAAUGAAGAACCCAAUAUGGGAAAGGUGUGAAGAUCUUGUCUACAUGGAGGGCAGCAGUAUUACGUUGAGACAAAACAAAAGACAUGACUAUAGCAAACUAUUUUCCGUCGAAAAUCAAAUAAAUUACGAGGAAAUCGACCAGACUCGAAUCGACCUAUAUUUGGACGCAAUAACACCAGAGUACAAUGAAAUUGGAAUGAUCAGACGUUCAAGUAAUAGUGAUCAUCUUUUACACAAAACAACUGAAUCUGUUUGCUCUGCUGAUGAAAAUCAAAUCGACCUACAUAUUGACGCAAGAUCAUCAGAGUACUAUGAAAUUGGAAUGAUAAGGAGUUCCAGCAACUUGGAUCAGCUCUUAUAUAAAACAAUUAAAUCUGUCCACUUUGCUGAUAAAAAUCAAGACAGCAACGACCAAAGCUCGUGUUAGUAGUAAAGUAAGAUGUUUACUUUACUCAGCUGUAACCAAUUUGAUCAAAAGCUUUAUCGUGUCAUUGCUAAUCUAAACACUUGUUGAAGGUUUGUUGACCGUGAUGCAAUAUUUGUUGACUAAAAUGUCAAUGUUACAUGUAUCAAUUUUUUUGCAUAAUACAAAUACAUGGAUAUAUAUAACUCAGACUUUUCGCUCAUGAUAGUGCGCACGCACACGCAAAUAAAACAAACUCACCUAUACACAUUGUCAAGACACUCACCUUUACAAAAUGCUUAUUGUGCGAAUAUAACAUUCUUUAAUUGCAAUCGUAAAGUAUGACUGUUUUGUACUUAAAAAAUAUUUGUUGAUAUUGUUUGUGUCAAAAUUUGUUUUUUUAUGUUUCAGUUUUGUUUUGAACUGAUUUCAUGCGCUUUAUUUAAUUAUUAAUUAAUUAAUAAUCCAACAACUAGUAAACUGGAAUUGAAAAUUUUGUUUAAAGUAAUUUGGUUUAGCAUCUGUUUAACGUCUGAGACUCACAAUUCUUAGCGGGGGUUAUAACGCUAGGCUAUGUGAAACAACAAUAUAUCACUAAAUAAAUAUAAAAAAUUGGUGGUAAAGUAUGUCGCCUACAUUUCAAUACGAUGCAGACUGGUCAUCAUGCAUUAUGCCUUUUUUGAAAUUUCAUUUCAUUAUUCUA